AUAUAUCGUAACAUCUCUAACACUAAUCGUAUAGCUUGUGAGUUGACAAAAAAAAUUUUUUUUAUUACUGUCAAUUUUUGCAAAUUAAUCAAACGAUUAUAAGCUGCGCACAAUGAGUGAAGGAGCAGGCAAUUGGUGUCUCAUAGAGAGCGAUCCAGGCGUAUUCACGGAGCUGAUACGCGAAUUUGGUUGCGACGGUGCCCAGGUGGAGGAAAUCUGGAGCCUGGACAAUGAAUCGUUCAAGGAUCUGGAGCCCAUACAUGGCCUCAUAUUCCUGUUCAAGUGGGUGCAAGAGGAUGAACCCGCUGGCAAAGUGGUGUUGGAUCGGGAUCACAUCUUUUUCGCCAAGCAGGUGAUCAAUAAUGCGUGUGCAACGCAAGCCAUACUCAGUCUGUUGCUCAAUUUGAAUCACGAGGACAUCAAGCUGGGCGACACCCUGACCAAUUUCAAGGAGUUCUGUCAGUGCUUCGAUCCCUACAAUAAGGGUCUGACGCUGAGCAAUGCUUCCCAGAUUCGAACGGUGCACAAUUCGUUUGCCCGCCAAACGCUCUUCGAGCUAGACAUGAAAAACCAGAACAAAGACGAGGAUGUCUAUCAUUUUGUUGGCUAUAUGCCCAUUGCUGGGCGUCUCUAUGAGCUGGAUGGUCUGCGUGAGGGACCCAUCGAUCUGGGCGAGAUCAAGCCGGAGCAGAAUUGGAUCGAUGUAGUGCGACCGAUCAUUGAGAAGCGCAUGCAACGCUAUAGCGAUGGUGAAAUCCAUUUCAAUUUGAUGGCCCUGAUCUCGGACAGGCAACGCAUCUACGAACAGCAAAUAGACAAGCUACUGAAUCCGGCUGCCGAUGCCAUGGACACAGCCGAUGAUCGUCAGACUGAAAUCAAUAGCCUGCGCUCCUACAUACAGUAUGAAAUCGAGAAGAAGAAACGAUACAAGGUGGAGAAUGUGCGACGCAAACACAACUAUUUGCCGUUCAUUGUGGAGCUGCUGAAAAUGCUGGGCGAGACUGGACAACUGUUGCCCAUAUAUGAGAAGGCCAAGCAGCGGGCGCUGGAGCGCGAGCAGAAAUUAAGCAAAAAGGAAUCCAAUUAGAGUGCGUUUAACAUUAAACAUUCGGUUUUUUGUCAAAAAAAAAGAAAACAAAAAUAGCAUAUACACUAAAAGGUAAUUCUAAAUUGCCGCCAAUGUUAAGAAUAUAAACAUACAUUAUUCGUAUCAUGCUGUAUUUAAGUAAUUCGAAGUGUUUUUGGCAAGGAGUUAAUUAAGUCGACCCAGCCCCAAAAAUUAUAAACUGCCUUUUAAUGUACUUUACUUCUUUUGUACUCCCCAUGUCCCUCUAAAUCGCUGCAAGUUAAUAAUCGUAAACUAUAUCCAUAAUAGUAAAAGAAAAACUAAAAAUAAUUUUUGAAAAUAAAAACGUUUCCGUAAAGUUAAAGAAAACAAA